GUCACAGCGUUGACUUGGCUGAACCAUCAACUUUAAAGAGUUCUAGUAAACGUGAAUUUGAGGACGAGGACGAUAUCGAAUCUAACGAAGAAGAAGCUGGUCCUAAAAGUGAAAAACGUGCUGGUCGUCGUAAGAUAAAAAUUGAAUAUAUCGAUGAUAAAAGUAGACGUCACAUUACUUUCAGUAAACGAAAGGCCGGAAUAAUGAAAAAGGCAUAUGAAUUAAGUACCCUUACUGGUACUCAAGUUCUACUUUUGGUCGUAUCAGAAACUGGUCUGGUUUAUACUUUUACCACUCCAAAACUUCAACCCCUCGUCACCAAGCCUGAAGGAAAAAAUUUGAUCCAGGCUUGCUUGAACGCUCCCGAUGCUCCAUCCGGCCAAGAUCCUCCUAAUACGACUCGUUCGGCACAAAACGCUCCUGUCUAUGGAAAUGAUGGUUCUGCUUCUGUAGACGCAAACGGUGAUGUCUAUAAUGAUGACAGAAAGCCACAAACUUCGGGUGGUCAGUUGUCGCAAACUCAGCCGUCGUACGCUCUUGGUUUAAGUCCCUACAAUCAAUAUAGUGGAAUUCCCAACAUGACUUUAGGAACAAGUGGUAUUGCUUCACAAUAUAUGCCAUCCGCUGGAUAUCCACAAUAUGGUCAACAACACUUAAAUCAAUAUGCACCGAAUAAUCCUUACAUGCAACAAUAUUGGGGUCCUGGAGGAAAUAAAGUCCCUCAAUAUUCGAACCAAUCACCUGAAAAGAAGUAG